GGACCCUGCUUAGCUUCAGAAGCAAGCCAGCAGUGGGAUGCAGGGUGGUAUGCUGCUGGCAAAUUAAAUCAAUUGGAGCUGAUUUACUGGUGUUUUUAGUAUUGUAUGUCCAACAAUGAAAAACAUUUAAAUUCGUUAAUAUAAAAAAUUGUAAUAUAAAUAAUAUAAUAUACGUCGGGACGCGGGCCGCCAGUUGGGGAGCCCUGAGUAUGGGCUAGCUAGCAGAAGGCAAGUGAUGGAGAGAAGGCCAGCCUCAGUUGGACCGAUUGCGUUAGCUACCCAUACUGAGCCCAUACGUAUGUGUAUUUAUUCAUUUUCAGGCGUACAACUUUAAGUCCGUUAUAUUCUUACAGCGUGGGUUAGCGUUAGCUUGUUCAUUCUCGUGAUGGAUGCGCAAAUAUCAGGCGGGACCGGUGUUGGUACAACCGCUAACGUUAGAUCAAAUUUGCCUAGCGUUAGAUCAAAUUUGCAAGGACCCAGUUCAGGUAACGGGAGAAGGAUGACGUCCAAAAAAACGCGUUCAAAAAAGGGGAAAAGAAGAAAGAGACGGAGGAGUAAAAAGACGAAGACCAACAAAACACCACCAUAUUUACCACCGGAGGCUGAAGAAGGAAACAUUGAAUAUAAGCUGAAGUUGGUGAACCCCACACAAUACCGAUUUGAACACCUGGCCACCCAGCUAAAAUGGCGUCUUCAAGAGGGACGGGGCGAGGCAGUGUAUCAGAUUGGGGUGGAAGACAAUGGUCUGCUUGUCGGACUGUCAGAGGGAGACAUGAGAGCCUCGCUGAAGACCCUACGGAGGAUGGCAGAGAAGGUUGGUGCUGACAUCACACUUCUACGGGAAAGAGAGGUGGAUUACGACUCAGACAGAAACUGCCGGAAAAUCUCAGAGGUUCUUGUCCGAAAAGUUCCAGACGACCAACAGUUCUUGGACCUGCGUGUGGCGGUACUGGGAAACGUGGACUCAGGGAAGUCCACGCUGUUGGGCGUGCUGACUCAAGGCGAGCUGGACAACGGGCGAGGCCGGGCACGCCUCAACCUCUUCAGACACCUUCAUGAGAUCCAAACGGGCAGGACAUCAAGCAUCAGCUUUGAGAUUUUGGGCUUCAAUAGCAAAGGGGAGGUGGUGAACUACAGUGACUCCCGUACAGCCGAGGAGAUUUGCGAGAGCUCUUCUAAGAUGAUCACCUUCAUUGACCUGGCCGGCCACCACAAGUACCUGAAAACCACAAUUUUUGGCCUCACCAGCUACUGCCCAGACUUCGCCAUGCUGGUGGUCAGCGCCAACACAGGCAUAGCUGGCACCACCCGCGAGCACCUGGGCCUGGCCAUGGCACUAAAGGUGCCCAUCUUUAUUGUGGUCAGCAAGGUGGACUUGUGUGCCAAAGGAACAGUGGAGCGCACAGUACGCCAGCUGGAGCAUGUCCUCAAGCUGCCCGGCUGUAACAAAGUGCCGAUGGUGGUGGCCAGCCCAGACGACGCUGUCACAGCCGCCCAGCAGUUCGCUCAGUCCUCCAGCAUCACACCCAUCUUCACCCUGUCCAGCGUGUCUGGAGAGAGUCUGGCCCUGCUUAAGGUCUUCUUCAACAUCCUGCCUCCUCUCAGCAACAGCAAGGAGCAGGAGGAGCUCAUGCAGCAACUCACUGAGUUCCAGGUAGAUGAGAUCUAUACCGUGCCAGAUGUGGGGACAGUGGUGGGAGGAACUCUCUACAGUGGGGUGUGUCGCGAGGGGGAGAGGCUGGUGGUUGGCCCUACGGACGAGGGCCGUUUCCUGAGGCUGAAGGUGGGCAGCAUCCAUAGGAACCGCUCGGCAUGCAGGGUGCUGAGAGCCGGCCAAGCCGCCACACUGGCCCUCGGCAACUUUGACCGCUCGCUGCUCCGCAAGGGUAUGGUGAUGGUCAGCCCGAAGAUGAACCCCACCAUCUGCUGGCAGUUUGAGGCGGCCAUCGUCCUUCUCUUCCACGCCAAAACAUUCCGUCGGGGCUUCCAAGUGACUGUGCACGUGGGGAACGUAAGACAGACGGCUACCGUGGAGUGCCUGCAUGGAAAAGAGGAGCUGCGCACAGGAGAGAGGGCUGUGGUCUGCUUUCGCUUCAUUAAACACCCCGAGUACCUCCGCAUGGGCGCCAAGCUGCUCUUCAGGGAGGGCGUGACCAAGGGCAUCGGCCAUGUCACCAGCCUCCUGCCUGAGUCACAUGACCAGAACCAGAUCCAUGACCAGAACCAGAGGGAGAUAGAGAAAUAGAGAGGAGGAGAAAGGAGGGAAGGAGAGGAAAUUAUAAGCUCUCCUGAACAUGUAUCCCCCUCUCAGAGUAAGUUUGUGUGAACUGCCGGCGCCGGACGUCAUCCCAGUAGAUUGUUAUUGAACCACACACUAGUAUUUUAAUCCCCAUUUGUGUGUAUCUAAGUGUGUCUGUACUGUACUUUCCACAUCUGCCCUUUGUGCCAUGUAGAGAUGUGAAGCCCUAUUGAAACACUUGAUAUUUCUCAGUGGUGGAUUCUGGAACGAAUGCUUUGAUGAGUGUGGGUAGAGGCAACGGUCGGUGUCUUAAAUCAAAGUCUGGUGACCUCGCCGAAGGCAGGCAAAGCUUUCAUCUAAUCUGCUGUGGAUUGCUUGAAGGAACCAUUCCCGUCCCUCUCUUGGUCAUUUCAUAACAGAUGCAAUAGAUCAAAUGCCUGCUCUCCCUGUUUUACUAUACUGGACAAUGUGGAACGUACUCAGCAUACCCAUCCGUUGGAGGUUUAAAGGGAUAGUUGGCUUUUUAAAAGUAUUAGGUCAUUGUGGACUUACUUAGGCAGGAUUUCCCAAACUCUGUCCUGGGCCCCACUCCCCUUGGUGCAAGUUUUGGUUUUUGCCCUAGCAAUACAAUUAACCAACUCACCUUCAAGCUUUGAUCAUUUCAAUCAGCUGUGUAGUGUUAGGGCAAAAAAACAAAGCGUGUACCCAGGGGCGGCCCCAGGACCGAGUUUGGGAAACCCUGACCUAAGGCGUUGUCGUUUUUAAGUUUGUUAGCUUGUUAUUUACCAACAUCCAGAAUGGCUAGCAUGUAGCAAUGCUAGUGUAAACAGGUUGUAUCAGUUAGCAUUGCUUUCAAAAGCAUGAGCAAAGCAGGGGAGUUGACCAGUGGUGGUCCUGUCUGCAAAUGAAAGAGCUCUUUUACCAUGCUUUUGAAUGAAAGUUUCCUUAUUAUGUGGUUUACUCUGCACUUCAUUCGUCUUGGUUAGUAUUAAUGAAAAGUAGACUACGUGCCGCCCAUUUUGGUGGCGCAAGUGGCACUAGCACCAACCGUAAAUGCUGCCAUGCUAAUUUUCCAAAUGUCAAAUUCAACUAAGUCUGUAGGGCAGCAGUAAUGUGUGAGGGUUGACAAUGAGCAGAGUCAAGACUCUUGGCGUAGUCAAGAGACUGUUGGAUUGCAAACCCGUUCUGAAAGAAAUGCAGGGGCAAGUAUUUUAAGUGAUGUGAUGUAGCGACACGGCUUUUUUUUCAUGGUAGCGGACACUGCUUUUGUAACCCUGUUAUAAUGUCAACCCAUUGAACCCAAUGCUACAGGUUAGCAAUGGGUAACCUAAACAGGUUUAAACUAUUUAUACUGUGUCAUAGCUUCAGGCUCAUCUGUGUACAAGGGAGCUUUGUGCAGCCAGAUACCCAUGUGGAGUCUGCAUGCUUAAUAGGGACUUGUGAAAAUCUUGUCAGACAAAAUGGACUCCUAAAUUACAAAUAUUUAUGGAACUCUUGACUUUAUCCCUUAUCCUUCACGGGGUUGUGUGCAAUUAUAACUAAAGCAUUGAAUGUACUGUACCUGAACUUCUAAAUACCAUAUUGAAGCACUAAAAUUGUAGUGGGAGAUGUCGAUUUUGCACUUUGUAUUUUUUUGAAAUAGCUUCUGCAUGUUUGUGUGCAUGCCAGAUGUUACCGAAUCUAGUCCGGGAGAGCUUUAAGGUGUCCAGUAGUGAAACACGGGAUUCAAUUUAUCAUGGUGUUGAUGCAUAUUGAGGUCUUGGUGACCACAGAUGUAUGCUGUUUAUUCAAGUAUCAGCUGAUCUUUACAGUAUCUUCAAAUGUUUACUGUCAUAGGAAAUAUACCAAUUUAGUACAGAAAGCAUGCAGAGCACUUUUCUUUUAGAUGAUAUAUUCAAAUAUUACAGGUAUUAUUAGCUUCUAUUCGGUUGAGACAAGUGGCACGUUUGCAGUAUGUGUAUGUAUUGCAUCAAGGUUGUGUAAAUAUUAAACAUGUUUUAUCAUGACGUCCAUAGAAACAUCAAAAGACAAA